AUGCACCACCACCCGCACUCCGGCCUUCCUCUCCAGCCCCAGCUUCACCAGCUCCACCUCCGACCCACUUCGACGCCGGCGCAUCUCCACAACAACAACAACUCUCCGCCGCAGCCAUCUUCUUCCUUCUUGUCGGGCCUUCACCAGCAGGUCCCACCUGCUGCCAUGGCCUCAGCCGGCAAGGCAGCCAUCUUCACCACCAUCGCCAACAUGGCGCGCCAGGUCUGUACGGUAAGCGAGAAGGCGGCCAAGGAGGGAGUCCUGGGCGGGCUCGACUACGUGCUCCUCCAGAGCCUGGGCUAUGCCAUCGCCCAGCACGUGUCGCUCAUCGAGUUGCCCCCCGUCUCGACCUCGGCGGUGCAGCCUUUGACUGCUCCUACUUCGACGCUCAGAGCCAGCAGCCCUCCUUCGUCGCCGCCUCAUGUAGCGGUCGACGUCAGGACGUCGAGCAAGCGCAAGCCCGAGCCCUCGACAUCAUCUUCCACGUCGACUUCGUCCCCCACGACCAAGAAGAAGAGGAAGGAAGAAGCGGCGCUCGCAACCUCGAGCCCCAGCCCCAACACCAGCGACGACGAGCCGAUCAAGAGGUGCCGCGACUGUGGCCGUACCAAGACCAACCAGUGGCGCUCCGGUCCAGAGGGCAUGAGCACCCUUUGCAACGCGUGCGGGAUGCGCUACACGAGGCGGAUGAAGCGGCAAGUCGGCGUGCCCGCCCUUAGCCCCAACGUGACCCGCAGGAACAGCGUCCUGGACAGUCCGCUGUGCGGCCAUGAUAGCGACCACGGCUUGUCGCCCGUCAGCUCGCCCCUGCCCUUUGGCCACCACCACCAGCUGCUGCAGCACUCGCCCAUGCUCGACGACUCUUCGCCCUCACCCAACCUCCAUCACCACCAGCAGCAGGAGAAGCGUUCCAACCUGUACAACCUACUCAACUAA